AUGUGCUCAGGAUCAUCUUCGUCUAACGCAUCAACCUUCUUUCCGCCUUCUACAGCUCAGGGAAUGACGGAGUUUGAUAAAUCUAAAUUUGAGUAGGUUAAACUUUUUCAAACUAGCUAAGUUUAGUGUCUUGAUAGUAUAAUUUACCUUUUUUAGAAAACAGAUACGUUUGCCAAUUCUACGGGUCCCGGAAAAACAAAUUGGACGAAUUUUAGGCUUAAAGCCUCUUCAGAAAGCCUUUAUCAAAAGUGGUAUGACCUUUAAAGUAAGUUAACAUUCUUUAUCUAAAUCUUUAUUUUCGAGGGUAGCUGAUGGAGAUGUAGCCGGUGAGAAGUUGUGUUUGUUGGAUCCGGACAAGCUGGACGAAGAAACAACUGAAUCUAUAUUAUCUAUGGCAUCGAAAGCUUUAUCGACGGAUGUUCAGCUUGAAUACAAGGAAUUUUUGAUGAAAUACGAAGACUGGGAUGUGAAACGUUGUUUAAAAGCUAUUUUACCGGACGGACUUGAUUUCAGUUCACACACACAGACCGGGCAUAUAUUACACUUGAACUUGAGGGAAGAGCUGCUGCCUUACAAAUUUGUGAUUGCCAAAAUUUUGAUGGAUAAGAUACCAUAUGCCAAGUGAGUUACGAGCAAUCUUUAAAUAUAUUUUUUAAGGUAAAAUACGUUUUUACCCUAUUAAUUUUUAAAUUUAGGACAAUCGUAAACAAAACAGACAAGAUAAGUGCUGAAUUUCGAUUUUUCGAACUAGAACUGCUGGCAGGUGAACCAAAUUUUGAGGCUACAGUUACAGAGCACUCUUACAAGUACAAACUGGACUUUAGCAAGGUAACGAUUUAUGCUUUUGUUGGUUUUAGGUGAAUUCUUGAAAAAAAGAUGGUUUGGUCUACUACAAUAUCGGAUUAGCUCUUAUCUCAAGUGAACUUUUUUCGGUUAUGGAAUUAUGCUAUUCUAUUUAUUGGCAAGACAAUUUAGAAGGUUUUGGCUAUUAAUUCAUGCAAGUAUAUGGUCUAUAACAUACAUAAAUGAUGUGAUAUUAACCAUAACCUUGUAUUUCAGGUAUUUUGGAAUUCUCGCCUUCUAAACGAACACAAUCGAAUUGUAACUGAAAUAAGGAAUUCCAAAUCAAAAACCGUACUAUUUGACGUGUUUGCCGGAGUGGGACCAUUCGCAGUACCAGCCGCAUUCAGUCCAAAUACUCAAAAAGUCUAUGCGAAUGACCUGAAUCCAGUUUCAAUUCAAUAUUUGAAUGAAAAUUUGAAGUUGAACAAGGUAAACAAGGACAAAAUCAAGGUUUUCAAUUUGGAUGGAGCUGAGUUCAUCAAGAAUGAGGUACCCAAAGUUGUGUUGGAGGAAUUAGAGAGUGUAGAGAAUGGAGAGACGGAAAAGAAGCUGGAGUUUCAUGCUGUUAUGAAUCUUCCUGCUAUGGCCAUAACGUUUUUGCCGCAUUUUGUUGGGACUUUAAGGGAGAUUUGCGAUAAAAAGUGAGUUUUUAUAUCGUUUUAGGUAUCGAAUGAGGUUUUAUAUUAUUUUAGGUAAAAGAGUGAGAUUUUUUUUAUUUUUAGGUAACAAAGUGAGAGGUGGAUAAUUUUUUCAUUUUCAGAUUCAGUACCUUUGAUUUCUACUGUCAUGUGCAUUGUUUCGCCAAAGCCACUGAAGAUCAACCUCCAGAAUGGUUCAAAAACCGCGCGAUUGAGAUGGUAUACGAGCAAUUACCACAAGAUGAAAUCGAAAUAUUGAAUUCUCAUUUUGUUAGGAACGUAGCAGGACGUAAAGACAUGUAUUGUGUGUCAUUAAAAUUGUCAAAAGAAGUGUUAAAAGGCGUGAAACACGAAGAAAUCAAGGAUAAUAUUGAGGAUGAUGGGAACGAUUACGAGACAGAGGCAAAGAAGGCUAGAAUUGGAGAAUAG